GCAGGAGCGGCCACCGCCGCCGCCACCCUCCGCUGCCCGCUCACCUGCCCCGCUCCGCUCCUCACCCGCCCCUCCCCGCCCCGCGUCCCCCCGGCGCCGGAGGGAGCCCGGUCCCGCCGGAGCGGUUCCGGGGGGAGAGAACGGCAGCGGCACAGGCUCGGUGAUCGGGCGGGGGUCCGUCAGCGCAGGGACGGGACGGGUGGUCAGCCCGGGACGGCAGGACUGGCUUAGGGGGUCGCUCGCUGCCGUCGCUCCUCACGGAGCGGCGGCCGGGGCGGCGAGGAGAGCGAGGGGCUCUCGCACCGCGCCGGGGAGCCCGGGGGAGAGAGAGGAGCACCGAGUGCGGCAGCGGCUGCCGGCGUUUGCUGGGGUGGGCAGGGAACCAGAAACAGGAGUCGCACCAGCGGCUGGGAACGGGGAAUCCGCUCCGCGGAAACCUCGGGAGCAGAGAUACCCCUUGCUCAAAGGGGUUUUUGAGGGGAAGGGGAAAUUGAGUGUAGACGCAUUUUGGUAGUUUUGCUGAAAUAAUCAAGUGCCGAAGGCAGAUCUUAGGCAGAUAAGGUAAAGGGAUGGAUCCCGCUGUUUUGGAUGCCGGCUUGAAUUUUUUAUUUACUUUUCUGUUUUGACCACUGCUAAAUGUGGAUUUUGCGAGCGAACCCGAUGGCGGUUGUUCCAUUGUUCCUUGUUUGAACGUAAAUCUUAGUCCCGCUGCUUGUGGAUUUUUUAUUCAUUUAUUUAUUUAUUUAAUUAUUUUUGGAAAGGACCAUUCCAGGUAGCUUUUGCGUCUGACAAAAUGAAGCCUUUGUAUUUUUCGAUCAAUUAUACCUAAUAUUGACAUUCUGUUUGGCACAAGAGACUUAAAGUGCUGCCUCACUCAGAGGACCAUUAAAGACUUUCUCGGUCGCUACAUGUAGCUGAAUGUGUUACGACACAUCCUUUCUCCCCCCACAAAUCUUCCUAAAGAUUUUUCCAAAAUGAAGAAAUUUAAUUUUCGCAAAGUUUUGGAUGGUUUAACUGCCGCAUCCCCUGUUGGAAGCAGUGGCGGUGGCAGUGGAAGUGGGGCUGGUGGCUCCGUGCACCCAGGAGGGACUGCGGGAGCUGCAGGGACACCCAGAGAGGAGAUCCAAGAGACGCUCACUUCAGAUUAUUUUCAGAUCUGUAAGACGGUUCGUCAUGGUUUUCCUUACCUACCCACUGCCUUAGCUUUUGACCCAGUUCAGAAAAUUCUGGCAAUUGGAACAAGAACAGGAGCCAUACGAAUAUUGGGCAGGCCUGGUGUUGAUUGCUACUGCCAACAUGAAAGUGGUGCUGCAGUUCUGCAGCUCCAGUUCUUAAUCAAUGAGGGUGCUUUGGUCAGUGCAUGUGCAGAUGAUGCACUUCAUUUGUGGAACCUCCGACAGAAACGACCAGCUAUUCUACAUUCUCUGAAAUUUAACAGAGAAAGGAUUACUUACUGCCAUCUACCUUUCCAGAGUAAAUGGCUUUAUGUUGGAACAGAGAGAGGAAAUACACACAUUGUAAAUAUUGAGUCCUUCAUUCUUUCUGGAUAUGUUAUCAUGUGGAACAAGGCAAUAGAACUAUCCACCAAGACUCACCCUGGCCCAGUUGUACAUUUAAGCGACAGCCCAAGAGAUGAGGGAAAACUGUUGAUAGGCUAUGAAAAUGGGACCAUCGUGUUCUGGGACUUACGAUCUAAAAGAGCCGAUCUGAGAGCUUAUUAUGAUGAGGCUAUUCAUUCUGUUGCUUGGCAUCAUGAAGGGAAGCAGUUCAUGUGUAGUCACUCUGAUGGCAGCUUGACCCUGUGGAAUCUGAAAAGCCCUAACAGACCAUUCCAGACCACAAUUCCACACGGAAAAGUUCAAAGAGAUGGAAAAAAACCUGAAUCUUGUAAACCAAUUCUUAAAGUAGAGUACAAGACCUGUAAAAACAGUGAACCAUUUGUGAUAUUUUCUGGUGGACUGUCAUAUGAUAAGCCUUGUCGAAGACCAAGUUUAACAAUCAUGCAUGGGAAAGCAAUUACAGUUCUUGAAAUGGAUCAUCCUAUAGUUGAUUUUUUAACUCUUUGUGAAACCCCAUAUCCAAACGAAUUUCAAGAACCCUAUGCUGUAGUUGUGCUUUUGGAAAAAGAUCUCAUUGUCGUUGACCUGACACAAAGCAAUUUUCCAAUCUUUGAAAAUCCAUAUCCUAUUGACAUUCAUGAGUCACCUGUUACCUGCACAGAAUAUUUUGCGGACUGUCCUCCAGAUUUGAUCCCUGUGCUCUAUUCUGUAGGAGCAAAACAUAAAAAGCAAGGAUACAGCAAUAAGGAGUGGCCUAUCAGUGGUGGGGCAUGGAACCUUGGAGCUCAGACAUAUCCUGAAAUCAUUAUUACAGGCCAUGCAGAUGGAUCAGUAAAAUUUUGGGAUGCUUCUGCCAUUACUCUACAGAUGUUGUACAAACUAAAAACAUCAAAGGUCUUUGAAAAACAGAAAGUGGGAGAAGGAAAAGCAACAGCUGAGAUUGUGGAAGAAGAUCCUUUUGCUGUUCAGAUGAUGUACUGGUGUCCUGAAAGCCGAAUUUUCUGUGUGGCAGGAGUUUCUGCCUAUGUGAUUGUUUACAGGUUCAGCAAGCAUGAAGUAAAUACUGAAAUUGCAUCAUUAGAGGUACGACUUCAGUGCGAAGUAGAAGACAUCAUUACUCCUGAACCAGAAACAAAUCCUCCAUUUCCAGAUGCCUCCUCCCAGCUUCCUUCUUUAAAGAGCCUUUCAGGCAGUACCAACACUGUAGCAUGUGAAGGAACAAUGAAGGACAGUAUCCCAUGUCUUAGCGUUAAGGCUCGACCUGUGCGGAUGCCUCCUGGCUACCAGGCAGAUCUGGUUAUCCAGUUGGUGUGGGUGGAUGGUGAGCCUCCACAACAGAUUACCAGUCUUGCUGUAAACUCUGCUUACGGACUAGUGGCUUUUGGGAACUGCAAUGGCUUGGCUGUUGUGGAUUUCAUGCAGAAGACAGUCCUGCUGAGCAUGGGCACCCUCGACCUCUAUGGAUCCAGUGAUCCAUACCAGCGGCAGCCCCGCUCACCUCGCAAGAGCAGGCAGUUUGCUGCAGGCCUGACUGAACUCAGUGACAGUCCAGUUUCCCUGGAGCUUGAGCGUUGCAAGUCUCCCACUUCAGUUAAAGGAUCAAGAAAGUUAAGUCUGCCAACAGAUCUUAAGACUGAUCUUGAUCACGUGAAUGGUCACUGUACAAGCCCAACAUCCCAGAGCUGCAGUUCAGGCAAACGACUUUCCAGUGCAGAUGUGUCGAGAGCAAACCGCCGAGGGCCCGGCAGGCCCCCCUUCAGGAAAGCCCAGUCUGCAGCCUGCAUGGAGAUUUCUCUCCCAGUCACCACGGAAGAAAAUAGGGAAAACUCCUUCAGCCGUUCCCGAAGCUCCAGCGUGUCCAGUAUCGACAGGGACUCAAAGGAGGCAAUCACAGCUCUGUACUUCAUGGAGUCCUUUGCCCGAAAGAACGACUCUGCUGUUUCCUCCUGCCUCUGGGUCGGAACGGGCCUCGGGAUGGUCAUAAUCCUGUCCCUUAAUCUGCCUGCUAGUGACGACUCACGGCAGUCAGAGCCAGUCACGGUGUCACCAAGUGGCACCGUCCUGACACUGAAGGGAGCCGUGCUGACCUUCGCGUGCUUGGACUGCAUGGGGACAUUGACACACCAGCCCUAUGAAGUCUGGAGGGAUCCACACAGUGCUGAUGACGGUGACAAAACAAGGAAAAGGAAACUUGUCAUGCAUUCCCCUUCCUCCUCCCAGGAUAUGGGUGAUCAUCAAUUUGCAGUCAUUUGUUCAGAAAAACAAGCCAAAGUCUUCUCAUUGCCUUCCCAAACAUGUCUUUAUGUCCACAACAUCACCGAAACGUCCUUUUUAUUGCGAGCAGAUGUGGUCACCCUCUGUAACAGCGUCUGUCUGGCGUGCUUUUGUGCCAAUGGGCACAUCAUGACACUGAGCUUGCCCAGCCUUCGCCCGCUGCUGGACAUCAACUAUUUGCCUGUCACAGACAUGAGGAUAGCACGGACCUUUUGUUUCACUAACGAAGGGCAGGCUUUGUACCUGAGCUCUCCCACAGAGAUCCAGCGCCUGACCUACAGCCAGGAGAUGUGUGACAACCUGCAGGACAUGCUUGGGGAUUUGUUUACUCCUGUGGAAACACCAGAAGCCCAAAACAGAGGCUUCCUCAAAGGACUUUUUGGAGGAAGUGGACAAGCUUUUGACAGGGAGGAGCUUUUUGGCGAGGCCACAGCAGGAAAAGCCUCGCGCAGCCUCGCCCAGCACAUCCCUGGAUCCGGCGGGAUUGAAGGCGUGAGAGGAGCGGCGGGCGGGGUCAUUGGGGACCUGACUCGCGCGCGCAUUGCCCUGGACGAGAGGGGACAGAAGCUGGGCGAGCUGGAUGAAAGGACUGCCAGCAUGAUGGCCAGCGCAGAGGCGUUCUCCAAACAUGCACACGAGGUGAUGCUCAAAUACAAGGACAAAAAGUGGUACCAGUUUUAGACUUUCAAGGAAGCUGCUUGUGGCUUUAUUAAGAACACUGUUCAGGGAAGCAGCCUUUAUUCCCAGAUCUACCAGUCACUGGCCAGAGACAGUUUUUUCUCCUAGAAGAUGUUUUCCUGUUACUGUUAUUGGAUUCAUCACAGUGGACGUCAAGGAGAAAUUUUACAGACCAUGGGAUGGAAGCUGGAAUCAUGAGGGUCUUUCCAACAGCUGACUCUUGGGGUGGCCAAUUUUUUUCCCAAAAGGAACUCAACCAUCACUGUGGCAUGUAGUUUUUCAAAAGCUGUAGGUAUGAACUGUGGGGAGUGCGUCUGGUUAAAAAUAUUCUGUACAAACUCGAAUGUUAAUGCACUUAUAAAACUUUGCAUGGCUAAUUGACAACU